AUGCCUCGGGGUCAGAAGAGUAAGCUCCGUGCCCGUGAGAAACGCCGCCAGGCACAUGCAGGGAACCAGAAUCUGGUGGGUGCUCAGGCCACUGCAGCAAGUCAAGAAUUGCAGUCUUCAUGCUCUCGUCAUUUCAAAGAUGUCCACCAGGGCUCACGUGCUGCAGGGACACCCAACACUCAACCUGGGCCUCAGAGAGCCCCAUCCACCAGCACGCCUGCUGUAGCUAUUUCAUAUUCAAGAUCUAAUGAAGGUGCCAACAACCAAGAGGAGGAAAUUCUAAGCUCCUCACAGGCCCAGGCAGUCAUUGCGCAAUUACACAGAGAUCCUCUAUAUAGAAAGGUGGUUCUGAUGGUGUAUUACCUGCUGUACAAGUAUCAGAUGAAAGAGCCCAUUACAAAGGGAGAGAUGCUGAGAAAUGUAAUCCAAAUGUACAGGAAUCACUUUCCUGAGAUCCUGAGGAGAGCCUCUGAGCACCUGGAGCUCAUCUUUGGCCUUGAUGUAAAGGAAGUUGACCCCCACAGGCACACCUACAUCCUUGUCAACAAACUGGAAUUAAGCGACAAUGAGAGGCUGAGUGAUGACAGCGGCUUUCCCAAGACCGGCUUUCUGAUGAACAGCCUGGGCCUGAUCUUCAUGAAGGGCAACAGCGCCACCGGGCAGCAAAUUUGGGAAAUGUUGAAUAUGAUGGGGGUAUAUGCUGGCUGGAGGCACUUUAUCUAUGGGGAGCCCAGGAAGCUCAUCCUAGAUUUGGUGCAGGAAGAGUACCUGGAGUACCGGCAAGUGCCCAACAGCGACCCUCCAUGCUACGAAUUCCUCUGGGGUCCAAGAGCUCACGCCGAAACCAGCAAGAUGAAAGUAUUAGAGUUUUGGGCCAAGGUCUAUAAUUCCGUACCCAGUGCCUUCCCGGCCUGGUAUGAAGAAGCUGUGAGAGAUGAGGAAGAGAGAGCCAGAGCCAGAGCUGCAGCCAGGGCUCGCAUCAGUGCCAUGGCCAGUGCACGUUCCAGGGCCAUGUCCAGCAGCUCCUCCUGCCCUGAGUGUAUUGAGCAAGAAUCUUCACGUAGUGUUUGA